AUGUAUGUUGUGGUUUCAUAUAAAAAUUGAUGCAGAUGACAAGAUGCAACACAAACAAUAUCUAUUUUACUGACACCACAAGCUACAAUGGCUUGCAAGCAGCUCAGUGUCUCCACCCAUCCUCACAUUUAUAAAGUGUUUUGCCAGCGAGAGCUCACUGAUUGUCUUCAUGAUGGCCCUCAUCACUCUGCUCCUGCUGAUCUCUCUGCUUCCACACCUGACCUUCACCGCUCGUGCAAAUGUGGGUAUAGUGAAAGGCAGAGAAGCAAAACCUCACUCCAGACCGUACAUGGUUUCCAUUCAACUUAAUAAGAAACAUGUUUGUGGUGGAUUCCUCAUCUCUGAUGAGUUUGUCAUGACUGCUGCACACUGCUGGAAAGGAUAUCCAGAGAUUCUGUUGGUUGUGGUCGGUGCUCAUGACUUAUGGAACAACAAACAUUCAUACCAUGUCGAAGUGAAGUCCUACAUCUCACAUCCGCACUAUACAUUCUGUGCGCAUUGGAACGACAUCAUGCUUUUGAGGCUACAGGAAAAGGUCAAACUAAACAACUAUGUUAAAUGGAUAUCGUUACCGAAGGAAGGAGAUGUCAAUGGAGGUAUUCUCUGUAGUGUUGCUGGCUGGGGAAAAUUGUCGUUGAAAGGUCGAACGACGAGCAGUGUUUUAAUGGAGGCAAACAUGACUACAAUAAACCAUGCAGAGUGUCUGCAUAAAUGGGGAUCAAAAUACUUCACCUCAAAGAUGAUCUGUGCACAUGGUCGUGGAGGAUCCUGCACAGGAGAUUCUGGAGGCCCGCUGGUUUGUGGAGACACUGCAGUUGGUGUCACAUCUUUUGUGUCCAAUAAGAGCUGCAAUUCACCUGAGAAGCCUAAUGUCUAUACUGAGAUUUCAGCAUUUCUUCCAUGGAUUCACCAAAUUACUAGAAAUAUUAGUAACACUUCACAAUAAGGUUCAAUAGUUAACAUUAACUACUUUAGUUAACAUGAACAAGAAUGACCUGUGAAAUAAUUAGUUAAAUUGCAGUUAAAUGUUAAUUUCAAAUGCAUUAUUAAAAUCCCAAGUUUUGAUUGUCAACAUGAACAAACACUGAAUGACUGUAUUUUUAUUAAACUAACAUAAACAAAGACUAAUAAACAGCAAGAACAAUAAUUGUUUGUUCAUGUUAGUGAACACAUUAACUAACAAAUGACACCUUAUUAAAGUGCUACUGAAAUAUUAAGCGAUUUGACAAAAACGAAGAAAGAAAUGUUGUUUUCCUGAAUUCUUCUGCAAAUCUUUCAAUAAAAGCGUCAC